AUGCCUCUUCCCAAUGUACUGAUGUUCCUAGACAAAGUGGCAACCAAAGUUAUUUUAGACCAGAUAAACGUGGAAAGAGGCUGUUCGUUUGUCUUCAACUGCAGCUACUUCAAGAACGACAUGGCGUCGUGGUCGUCAUCGUCGUCGAGUUCUUCUGACUUGGAGAAAUAUUUAUUAAAAUUUAAUCUGUUCUUCACAGAUGUUCGCAAAUCGAACGAGUCCCAGGCGAUUGCAUCCUACGAGAGAGCUACCAAUCAAACCCUCCUUUCUGCCUCGCUCCAGGGUAGAUGGUAUGGGGAGAUGCUGGCAAAUUCAUAUCAGGCAGUUGUAUACAACGCAUCGACAAAUGACGAAGAACCGCUGAUAAAUUGUGAUGUCAGAUGUGCUUCCGACCUCAAAUGCAUGUCCAUCUGCUACAACUUCUCGUGCUACUGCUCCAGUCCCUUUGUUAAGACCAACUGCACGUACGAUUCAUCGAUCACGUGGUUGAAAGCGAAUUUAAGCAGGAACCUGCAGUGCGAUGCAUCAUUCCAAGAGUCCUCCAUUGCUUCAUCAUCCUGGCUCUUUCAACCUUCAAACGGGAUGGAAGAUUGCAACAAAUUCAACAACAACAACAACAGUAGCAACGGUAAUAAUAGGACAUUAGAUCAAUGUUCUUCUGCCAAUGGUACUUCAAAUGGCACCUCAAAUGGUACUGUUAGUGGGGUUUACAAUCCGCAAGUUGUCGCCUACUCCCCCCACAAAUAUGCAUCCUACCAAAUAAUUGGCAUGGAUGAGAGCAAAGAAGGAAGUUACAGCUGCGUGGUGGAUUACCUCAAGUCGUCCUAUGUCGUGCAGUACGUCAACGUCAAGCUAGGCAAGUCAUUCUCUUCAUUCCCCUUUUGGUUUUCUUCAUCUGUUAUCUUUUUCCAGUUUAUAUUUAAAACAAAUUUUUUAAAUAUUCCUAAAUAA